GCUAUUUUGACCGUCUAAAUUCUCGCAUCGUACAAUGGGGGGCGCUAUAAGUCAACCAACAUCUGCCAAGUUCACCAAGGAGAAUGUUUUAGCGAUGUUCGACGCUUCAGCCUCAAGGCAGUUCUCGGACUUGGAGCUAUACUCCAUCAAAGAGAAACUCACAACGGCCGAUUUGGACGCUAACUCUCGGAUUUCCGAGAAUGAAUUUUUAUCCCUUUUAGGUCUUCCAACCUCAGUUCCGGAAGAGGCAACGAAGCUAUUGUACGAGUCAGCUCGCGUUAUGGGUUCGUUUCCGUUCUUACGAGACUCCAUGACUGCGGAAGGGCUCACCCUUACAACCCUCUUCAAGGCAAUUCUUUUCUACAGCAACCGCUACCAAAAAGUCAUCAGUAAACAGUACGACAUCACCCGGUUGCUCUUCAUCUCCCUCAGCUACUUCAACAUGGAGCCGCAUCCAACCCUGGAAGACAAGGUGGUUUCAGUGGAGGGAAAGCUCAGUUGGUCCUCGCUUCCAGUGGUUGAAUCUUUCGACUCGAUCGACAUGGAAUCCUGGCAGAUCCCAGCAUCAUAUUUGCUCAAGUUGAUCACAUUGUGCCUCACUUUGUCCCGUGUGGCCCCGCACGAGUCUUUUGAGGCCUACCACACAAAUUUCAGCAACUGGAAGCUGUUUGAAGCCCACGCAAUGAGACUUCUCUUCACCAUGGAUGCCAGCAUCACCCCCGCCAAUUUCACCACCAAGGGAGUUUCCUAUGAAGGGUUUGCCAAUGCCAUGACAAACUCGAUGCCAAAUUUGUUUCAUCCCUUGAAGGCGUUAUUUGAGCACUUGUUGUACGUCGAUACCGUGACGAUGGAUGCGAAAACUUCUGAGGAAACCAAGUUGAUUAACCCCCACACUCUCGCGCAACUUGCCACGUUUCUCCCUCCAGAUCUUGUCUACUCGCGGAUGCGCAAGUUGUAUGUAGCUGCUGAUUCAGGCUUUUCCAUGCGGUCCUUCGAAUCCAAGGUAUUCAAAUGGAACGCACCCUCCAUUCUCAUAGUGGCGGGGAAACGCAUCAACCCAGCCACGAGCACCAAUAAGCGGUAUAUGGCCUUCGAAGAGACACUCUCACGUUUGAACAAGCCUCUCCUACCAUGGCAGGGUGACUCUGACAGAUUGAUUUUUGGUGUGGUAGUGCAACAGCCAUGGAAAAUGUCGAACAAAAACUGUUUUGGCGACAGCUCUACGCUUAUUUUCCAACUUUCCACGAAGCAAGACUUAUACGAAGCCUCGCUGGUGGGCACCAACUACGUGUACUUUAGCACUUUGGGCGGUGGGAUCGGGUUUGGAUCUCCCGUGCCUGUUGUCAAAAAUAACACUAUAAAGUAUACCCCUGGCAACGUUUCUCUCACCUUAGACCCAAGCUUGGAGUUUGGGGUCUUCCGUCAUGCGGGUCUCGGCGGGUCCUUCCACCCAGGGAAAGCAUUGGGCAACAGCGGGGGCGAGCCAGCCGAAUGGGAAGACCGCUUUGCCAUCACCGACUUGGAGGUCUGGGGCUGUGGGGGGAAGAAGGAGUUGGAAGAGCAAGCCAAGCAAUGGGAGUGGGAGGAAAAGGAGGCAAAAGCGAGACAAAAGAUCAAUAUUAAGAACUUGGGCGAAGAACGAGCGUUUUUGGAAAUGACAGGGUUAGUGGGACAGCACAACUCCAGUGGAGGGUCCAUUUAA